AUGUCACCUGGAGGAGAAGCCUUCAAGCCUACUGCAGCCUCCUUGACAUCGAACAACGAGAACGACAAUAAUAAUAAUAAUAAUAAUGAUGAUGAUCACGAUGAAGAGGAUGAUACGAAUACAACUACAAACAAGAAGCCAAUCACGGAAGAGAAAAAGCAGGAACACCAACGAGAUCUUGGUCGAAUGAGAUCCCAACGGUAUCGAGACAAACAGAAACAAGAGACGGAUGACGAGAAGAAACAACGUCAAAGAGAACUGGCUCGAGUUCGCAUGCAGCGAUUUCGGGACAAACAAAAGCUAGACGAAGCCAAGAAACAGCAAAAGCAAGGAACGAAUGAUGAUGGAAAUGACAGUGAUGACGAUACCAAAAAACCAAUCUUGACCGAAGAGGAAAAGAGAGAACGCCAACGGGAACUGGGUCGGCUUCGGUCCAAACGAUUUCGUGAUCGACAAAAGCAAUUGAAAAAGCAAGACCAAGCUAGGGAGGAAGGAGGACAAAAGAAUAAUAAUCAAAAUAACAAUAAUGAUCCAGAGGACGAGACUGCUUCUGCCACUUCCGCUGCCAGCAAGCUCAGCUUGACCGAUGAAGAAAAGAAGGAACGUCAACGAGAACUAGGCCGCAUUCGAAUGAAACGCUUUCGUGCCAGGCAAAAAGAGGAAAAGGAGCGACACCGAGAACUAGAUCGCAUUCGUUCCGAACGAUCUCGAGACAAUGAACAAAAUCGCGAAACGCAAGAGGAACAGGGUGGUGAUCCUCCAGCCGCCAAGCGUGCAAGAACCGAAGACGAAUCAUCAUCCAAGGAUGAUGGGAAUGAUGAUUCCGCUUCUGCCGCGACCGAUCCUUAUUCUAUGCCCGAUAAGCCCACGCUCACAGAAGAAGAAAAAAAACAACGACAGCGUGAACAGGGACGGAUUCGAAUGCAACGGUUUCGAGCCAAACAGUACAAAGCGAAAAUUAGUGGUGAGGUGGUGGCGGCAAAACCCAAGCUGACGGAAGAAGAAAAGAAGGAACGGCAUCGAGAGCUCCAACGAAUUCGGUCCCAACGUCAUCGUGACAAGCAAAAGCAAGAUACCAAGGAUGAAGCAGAAAAGGCCAAGAGGGAACAUCAACGGGAGCUGAAUAAAAGUCGUUCCCAGCGUUUUCGAGACAACCAAAAACGGAAGAAGCAGGAAGAACAGCAGGGCAUUACUCUACCAGCGAAACGGGCUCGGACGGAACAGCAACAAGAAGAAGAAGAAGACAACGACAACGACGACACGGCGGAACCAUCACAAGAGACUACAAAGCCAGCCGCCUCCAGUGAGAGUACUGCUGGAAACCCCAAGCUCGCAGACGAAGAGAAGAAGCAAACAGAACGGAAAGUCUCCCCAACUCCUCGUGCCAAAAAGCAAAAACAAGACAAUUCUACUCCCGUCCAACAAGAACUAUCUGAAGAAAAAAAGAAGGAGCGACAACGAGAACUACAACGAGCUCGAUCGCAACGGCAUCGUGACAAACUAAAGCAAGAGACGGAUGCGGAAAAAAAGGAGCGACAACGAGAGUUGGGUCGGAUUCGCUCGAAACGAUUUCGGGACAACAAGCGAAAGCAAGAAAAGGGUGGUGAGGAGGAACAGACCUUAUCAGACGACGACGAUAACGACGAAGACCAUUCACAAAAAAGUCCUGUCAAGAAAUCUGGGAAAAGCGAUGCCGAGGCAGCUGUUACCAUAUAG